UGCAUCGCCGCACGCUUGGCGUCACUUCCGGUUACGUGUAGCUUGGUGUUAGACCUUCCUUGAGGUGGCUUGAUGGAAACCCGGAAGUGAGCGGCAGGGGUAAACAUCGGGAAAAGAGGAGACAGCCUAAUAAACCUCGUAGAGAUGAGCUGGAAUCUGUUCAAGGGCGGACCUAAGAAGCAGAUUGUCCCCAAGACUGUUGAGAGGGACUUUGAACGAGAAAAUGGCAAGCUCCAGCAGUUGGAGGAUCAGAUCAAGAAACUACAGAAGGAUAUGAAGAAAAGCAUUGAGGCUGAUUUAGCAAUGUCUAAGUCAGCAGUCAGGAUCUCCUCUGAUCUGUUGGGAAAUCCCUUGUGUGAGCCAGAUGUGGAUUUCCUUCAGAUGGUAACAGCACUUGAUACAGCCAUGAAACGUAUGGAUGCCUUUAACCAGGAAAAGGUCAACCAGAUCCAGAAGACUGUGAUGGAUCCUCUGAAGCGGUAUAGCAGUGUGUUCCCGUCCCUAAACAUGGCAGUUAAGCGCAGGGAGCAGGCCCUUCAGGAAUACAAACGACUUCAAACCAAGGUGGAGAAGUACGAGGAAAAAGAUAAGACUGGAACAAUGAUUGCAAAGCUGCACCAGGCUCGGGAAGAGCUGCGUCCUGUCCGUGAAGACUUUGAGGCUAAGAAUCGCCAGCUCUUGGAUGAGAUGCCGAAGUUUUAUAACAGCCGUACAGAUUUCUUCAAUCCUAGCUUCCAGUCGCUCAUCCGGGCACAGGUAGUCUAUUACACAGAGAUGUCCCGAGUGUUUGGGGAUCUGGCCCAACAGGUGGACGAGGUGCAGUUAUCUGAUGCAGAGCGAGAGCAGGAGAAUGAAUCCAGACUGGCAGAGCUACGCUCACUUUCCAUCGUUGCAGACGACUGACCACUGAACUCCACUGACUCUCCAUCUUUAAUAAUAUAAACUGAUAGAGUUUUUAACCCUCAGGUAACUGUAAGCUAGGGCAGUCAGGCACUGGGCAUCAGUCCAAUCUGAAAGGGCAGUCCGUACUAUUGCUGAGGCUGUACCAUGUAUAGGGGUAUCAAUCAAUCUGCAAUAGCAAAGGACUGCUCAGCUGAUGAUUGCUUCUAACUGGUUCUUGUUGCUCAUAUCUGUUUCUCAUUAUGGUGAUUUCUGUAAAUACUUGGGGAAUUCUAAGUAGUUGAGGGAUAGGAAAAUGCU